AGCUUCCAGAGUCGGGAGAAGAGCAGAGAGCCACGGAGAGGACACCCCAACAUCUCAGCCUGGAGGAUGGGGAGCACCUAGAGUGCAGUGGAGCUGCAGUACAAGAAGAAGAGACCUUCUCCUGAGAUGCACACAACUCCAGACGCCCUGAGGAGCACCAAGUGACCACAGGAGGAGCUUCUCACAGAUCGGCAGCUUGGCUGGGGCUGAAGCUUGGAAGGUGAGGUCCCUCAGCUACCUGAGGAGGGGCUGCUGCAGACCACUGCCUGGAUCACAAGCAGAAGACUGGAGGUGGUGACAUUCCCUACAUGAAGACUGGGAUCUGCUCCAUUGUUGACUAGCAGACUGUGGUGGUGCAGGAGGCCACUUCAGCUUUGGAGAUACCUGGUGAUGAUCUCAAGGUGCAUGGGAUCUCACCUCCAGUGAUCACCCUUACAAUCUGUGGAGAUCCAGCCUCCAGAUCCCGUCCAAAUGGCUUUGCGCAGCUCCAGUUCCUUAACCCCCUUUUCCAUCCAGGCCAUCCUUAACAAAAAGGAGGAACGCGGGGUGUCCUUCCCCAGGCUGGGGCGCCUGCUCCCCACCGCCGCCUGUGGCCCCACAACCACCCCCCAUCCCUCCUGCUGCUGGAGGCUCUUUGGGGAGGUGGGGGCAGAAGGACUGGCAUCUCCAGGGGCUCAGGGGGUCCUGGCAGGAAGGGAGCAGGCUGGAUGGGACUCAGACUCUGCCCUCAGUGAGGAGGGGGAGGCUGGAAGGACCGGAGAGGGGGACAUGAUGGAGGGACCCCGGAUGAGGAAAAGCCAGAGGCCGCUGGAGGGGAGACCCAAGGAGGAGGAAGAGGAGGAAACCCCGGGCUGUAGUGACUGUGAGAUGGCGGCCAGCGGAUCAGAUCCCAGCCCCCCAGAUGAAGACCCCAAAUGUGAUCAGCUCCACCUGGAGGCCCCCAAGCAGAGGAAGAAGCGAUCCCGAGCAGCCUUCUCCCAUGCCCAGGUCUUCGAGUUGGAAAGACGAUUUAACCACCAACGUUACCUGUCUGGCCCAGAACGUGCUGACCUAGCUGCCUCCCUGAAGCUUACAGAGACCCAGGUGAAAAUCUGGUUCCAGAACCGACGCUACAAGACCAAACGAAGGCAGAUGGCAGCAGAUUUAUUGGCUGCGGCUCCAGCUGCCAAGAAGGUGGCUGUGAAGGUUCUGGUCAGGGACGAUCAGAGGCAAUACCAGCCUGGAGAAGUUCUGAGACCCUCCCUACUGCCUCUUCAGCCUCCCUACUACUACCCCUACUACUGUGCCCUGCCAGGCUGGACAUUAUCUGCAGCUGCAGUGGCCGCCUGCACUGGGGGGACGCCCUAACACCAUCAAGGUUCCUGAAACAUUUAUUUCUCCUUACUGUCCCCCCAAGGACAGGGGAGCCAAAUAUUACCCCCUGUCAUCCUGCUGACCUCAUAGCAAGUCUUUCAUCUGAGGGACACGACUUGACUUUAAGAGGAGCAGCAUGUGCAGGCCUUGUCCAUGGUAUCCAUGCUGUCCAUACUUUGUAUAGGUUUUAUAUAUAGAUCUAAAUUUUAGGUACAAAUAUUUUUAUGGACUGGUGUUACGCUGGUUGGAAACCAGUAAAAAGGGUGCUAGUGGAAAAGGGAUGAAAGGCCUGGACACCCAGUCCCUAAAUGAUUGCCUGGGGCAACGUACUGACCCCAAUGAGUUUAAAGGAUCCUUUGAAUAUUUUCCACUAAUUCUACUCUUCGCCUCUCUACUGAGAAAUGUCUGAAUUUCCUAGCACUUUUCUACUAUACAAAUACCUAUUUUCAUAUCUAAUGUGAAGAUGUUGUUACAUAGACAUUGGGAGUUUCCUUUGAAAGAAAAUGUAGACUGUUUGUUUCACAGAAAGGGUGUCAUCUUCAGCACCAGGCCUGACAGGCAGCCUAUAGACAUUGUGCACUCGGCCAGAUCAUUUACCCAAAGGCUUUGUGAAU